UUAUCAGUUUAUUUUGUUCUUCUUGCUCUGUCACCUUUUGGUUGGGCCAUGAAAAUAUUUAAACUCACAAUUACACUGUUUAACAGGUGAUGGUCAUCUCCUUCGCGACCGCGAUCACGCUCAAUGUCAUCGUGGGCAUCCUCGGCGCGAUCAUGUUUGGCUCCCAGACCAGGCCCCAAGUUCACCUCAACAUGCCGCCACACCUCCUUCCCUCCAAGAUCGCAAUCUGGGCGACAUUUCUCACCCCUGUUACCCAGUUCGCCCUCCUCCUCUCCCCAAUCGCCCACGAACUCGAGCAGCUCCUCCUGCCAAAUCUCUCUGACUCGCGGCACAGCCCAAAGCUCGGCUACCUCGCCUGCGUCUUCCUCCGCACCAUGAUCCUCUCCGGCAUUGCUCUCGCCGCCGUGCUCUUCCCGUACUUCGUCAAUAUCAUCCAGCUUAUUGGAUCGUCCCUCAACGUGACGCUCUGCAUCAUCAUGCCGUGCCUGUUCUACGUGAAGAUCUUUGGGGACAAGGUGAGCCGGAUGGAGAAGGCGGGGCUGUGCGCCAUGGUGGUGCUGAGUGCCAUCGCUGGAAUCACUGGAGCGACAGUGUCGAUCAAGAAUUUGAUCCACAAGCAAUAGCAGUGGAGCCAAGAAAGAUGAGACAAAAUGCGAAUCAAUCCAUUAUUUGAGAGCCCACCAAUAACUCAAUGAAGAGACUUGGUUUUUGUUUUCGGAAAAAUGAGAAGUUUUAAAAUGUGAGUAUACAUAAAUACUAAGCAAUUAGGUCAAUGUCAAG